CUGCAUCUCCAAAAUUUACUACCUGAAUUAGGUAUUAGCUAACGCUAUAUGCAGCAGGCUGGUGGAUCGAGUCAAAAUGGCAUGGCCAAUAGCAGCCUUGACGACAGAAUGUACGCGUGACGCUCACCGGCAUGCAGGAGACGCUCCUAGAGACGCUCCUCGGCCCGGCUCUAGCCCAGAACCCCCCUCGGCGACAAGUGGGCCGGCCGAGACAGUCGACCGGAUUGAUUAUGACUUCGCCAACAAGACCGGCAUAGGCGCGGCCGAGAGAGCGCGCGACUUCGAUCGGUGGAGGGCUGACUUCCUGGCCCUGCACCGGAUCCGGAACCAGCCGGUCACCGUGAUGCAUCUCGCCGGACAGAAGUUGGUUGAGGACCAGCUGACAGCCAAUAUGUCCGGUGUCGAGGAGCUUCCCCUGGCCUCCCGAAUACCGGCAUUGAUUGUGGCACGAAUACCAUACCUGAGAAACUCUGGGCGGCUGGUCCGGUACGAAUUCUGAGUCGAUAUGGCUUGUCUGUAUCUGUUCGUAUGCCAGGCCGCAGUCCCAUUCCUGAGGAUUAGAUAGAGGACCUACCACUGAGGUACACAACAAGCUGCUUGCUACAGAGUACUGAUGUUUCGUUUGACAUUCGAGUUUGUCAACGUGCUCAAUCUGUAGCUGUCGAUAACUCGAGCACUGCGCGGUUCAUAACUUUAUAUCCGUAAUAG